CUCUCGAUUGCUUUUGCCGAACCCGGAAGAAGGGCGGCUCGCUGAGCUCGGCGCUCUCUCGCUGCGCGACGUCUCCUAGCAACGCGGGGCCUAGUCGUAGGUCCGGAGCCUUGGCCUAGCGUAGCGGCGCGAUGCUGCGGAGCCUGGCCUCGGCGGGGCUACGAAAUGGAGCCUCCUUCGGUCGAAGAGGAGGAGGAGGAGGAAGGGGAAAAGGCUUCCCGCGGUGGGGGCUGGGCCUAGGCUUGGGCUUGGCGGCGGCGGCGGUUUCCUCCGCAGCCGGGAAUGACGAGAUGGAGGCGGAUGGGGAGGCGCAGGAAAGGCCGAGGCGGGGAGCGGCCUACAUCCGGGCCCAGGCCACCAGCAGGGACCUCCUGCAACGAGUGAAGGACGAAGUGGGGGCCCCUGGCAUUGUGGUGGGAGUCUCUGUCGAUGGGAAGGAAGUCUGGUCCGAAGGCAUGGGUUUUGCCGACGUAGAGAACCGGGUGCCCUGCCGGCCAGAGACCGUCCUGCGCAUUGCGAGCAUCAGUAAACCCUUGGCGAUGGUGGCUGCCGCGAAGCUGUGGGAGGAAGGGAAGCUGGACUUGGACGCCCCCGUGCAGAAGUACGUCCCGGAAUUCCCGGAAAAGGAGUACGAAGGAGAGAAGGUAUUAUUUUCUCAGCGAGGGCCCAUUCUCGAGCAUCAGGAGGUCCCUGCUGGUGGCCUGGGCCCGGAUGUAGGCCGCUCCCCGCCUCGGCCUUUCCUGCGCCUCCCCAUCCGCCUCCAUCUCGUCAUUCCCGGCUGCGGAGGAAACCGUUUCAGUCGCAGCGUGUCAGACUCUGUCCGCCUUCUUUCUCCCUUCCUUCAAGGCAGCCAGUUCUUGUAUUCGACGCACGGAUUCACCCUCCUGAGCGCCGUGGUGGAGCGUGCCUCGGGACAGAGGUUCACGGACUACAUGCUGCAAAUCUUCCGAGACCUGGACAUGUCGGCAACGGGGCUGGACGAGAACGAGCCGCUCAUCUACAACAGAGGGAGGUACUACACCCACAACAAGAAGGGCCGCCUGGUCAACGCGCCCUUUGUGGACAACUCCUACAAGUGGGCCGGGGGCGGCUUCGUGUCCACAGUGGGCGACCUCCUCAAGUUUGGCAACGCCAUGCUGUACAGCUACCAGCUGGGCUCCAUCCCGAAGAGCCUCCCCGCGGGGCAGCUGCCCGGCUACCUGAAGCCUGACACGGUGGCCAUGCUGUGGUCGACCCCCUGCACGGAGUCCACCUGCCCCAAGGAGGGCCGCUAUGGCCUGGCCUGGUUCGUGUCCGAGGGGCGGCAGGAGUGCGGGUUCUGCCGACGCUCGCGGCACCACGCCUUCCACACGGGGGGAGCCGUGGGCGCCAGUAGCAUCCUGCUCAUUCUUCCUGAGGAAGAGCACCCCGAGGCGAAGGAGGGUCUCCCGCUGAAGCCGCCCCGCGGCGUGGUGGUCUCCAUCCUUUGCAACAUGCAGUCGGUCUCCCUCGGGGGCAUCGCUUUGAGGAUCGCGACUGAGUUCGAAACGGACAAGCUGGCCCGGCUGACCGGACAAAGCGGCUCCCCGGACUAAGCAGGAGCAGCCCCCUGAUCCCGGGGGAAAGAACAACGUCCUACUCAGGGAAAGCCGUGCCUCCAACAAGGAAGGGCUGUUUAAAAAAUCUGAAUUUGCCAAAAGCACUAGCGGUUAGGCUUGGUUGAUCAAGAAAAAAAUUGGUUCUAAACUCGUUUCGUAUCUAUGGGGUGCCCGCAUUUCUAAUCUGAGAGGAUUUCCGAAAUUUCAAAAUUUCGAUAUUUACGAAAUUUCGUAAAUAUACGAAUCGAUUCGUUAACGCCGGACACGAUUGCGCAAUACGCAAA